AUGAAACUCAAAAUUGAGGGAGGUUAUGACCAUAAUGCUAGUGCUCCUAAGCAGAAGGUACUUUGCUUCUUUCCCUCUCCUUGCUUCGGCUUCAAAGAAGUUGUUUUACGUCAUGACAUUGCAGUUAAGAUAACAGAGAUAAAUAUAAAGUUAGAUGCUAUUGCAAAAGAAAAAGGUGAUUAUAAUCUUAAUGUCAUUCCAGCUAAUGAGAGACCUGAUUAUCAACGAAUGAGGCUAGCUCUUUCAGAAAGACCUGCUCAUGAGUGUGAAAAAUUAGAAGAAAUUGGUAAGGAAAUCGUUAAGAAGUGCAAAGGGUUACCUCUUGCUACAAAAACCAUUGGGAGUCUUUUGCAGUUUAAGAGGAGUAGAGAUGAAUGGCAACGUGUUUUAUAUAGUGAGAUGUGGAAAUUAGAGGAGAUUGAAAAGGGUCUUCUAUCCCCUUUGAUGUUGAGUUAUAACGAUUUGCCAUCCUCGAUAAGAAAAUGUUUCUCUUAUUGUGCUGUCUUUCCAUUAGAUUACCAUAUAAGCAAAGAUGAAUUAAUCAAAUUAUGGAUGGCACAAGGUUAUUUGGGGUUAGAAAAAAAUACAAAAUUAGAGACAAUAGGUGAAGAGUAUUUUCAUCACUUAGCAACACGAUCUUUCUUCCAAGAACUUUUAGACUCUGAAGAUGAUAUAUGGGGAUGUAAGAUGCAUGAUAUAGUGCAUGACUUUGCUCUUUUUUUGAGUAAUGGUGAAUGUCUUGCUAUAGAAGUCAAUAUUUGUGAUAAUGAUCCCUUUAUAAACUCUUCUAACAAAAAUGUUUGUCAUUUAAUGUUAAAGGUUAAUAAAGGGGUUUCAUUUCCCAUGUCCAUUUGUAGUGUCAAAAGUCUACGUAGUCUUAUCGUGAUUCAUGACGGAGGUGAAAAUUCAGUAUCUGGUGAUGUUUUAAAAAAGUUUUGUGAAUUGACAUGUUUAAGGUCAUUGAGAUUCCCGAGAUGCGGAGUUGAAGACAUCCCAAAAGAAAUUAAAAAAUUGGUACACUUAAGAUACCUUGAUUUGAGUGGCCAAAAUAUAGUAAAGUUACCAGAAAGUUUAUGUGAAUUAUAUAAUUUGCACACUUUAGAUAUUAGCGGUUGUAGUAAUAUACAUGAAUUGCCUCUAGGAAUAGAAAAAUUAGUAAAUUUGAGGCAGCUAGUAAAUGAGAGGAUUUAUUCACUACAUUACAUUCCAAAAGGGAUCAAGAGAUUAACUGCUCUUCGAACAUUAUCUAAAUUCGUUGUAAGUGGUGGAGGUGAUCAUGAUAGCAAAGCAUGUAUGCUUGAAGGAUUGAAAAAUUUGAAUCACCUUGAAGGAAGUCUAGAGAUAACUGGUUUGGGAAAUUUGACAAAUGUGAGUGAGGCUGAAAUGAAAGAAGUACUUAAGAAUAAGGAAAACCUCACUAUUUUGAGUCUGAAUUUCGAUAUACUUGGAGAAGAGGAGAGAUUAUGUGAGGAUGAUGAACUAGUCCUUGAAGUGUUACUGCCACCUCCAAAAUUAGAGUGGUUGUUGAUAGGUUUCUACAGAGGCAAUAGUUGUCCCUCCACUUGGAUGACGUCGUUAACCAAACUGAAGGAGUUGCAUCUUCUUUAUUUCUCAAACUGCAAGAAUUUGCAUCCUUUGGGAAAAUUGCCAUCCCUUGAGAAACUAAUUAUACGAAGCAUGGAAAAUGUGAAAGAAGCGGAUAGUGAAUUUUGGGGAAUGGAAAGUGGAGCCUCUUCAUCAUCUUCAUCCUCUUGUUUCUUUCCCAAAUUGAUAGAACUCGAAAUUUGGGAUGUGGAAUGGGAAUGGGGUAGAUUCAUUUCAGAGGUGGCAAAGAUUUGCUAG